AUGGAGUGUGGAAAAAGCUUCAGGAAUGGUACUCAACUUACUGAACAUCAAAGAAUCCACACAGGGGAGAAACCAUAUGCAUGUAUUGACUGUGGAAAGAGCUUCAAAGUAAGUUAUUCCCUUAAGAUACAUCAAAGGACCCACACAGGGGAGAAACCAAGCUUCAGAAUAAGUUCUCACUUAAGGAUACAUCAAAGAAUACACACAGCAGAAAAACCUUAUGAAUGCAUGGAAUGUGGAAAGUGCUUCAGUAAAAGCAGCGGCCUUACUUUACAUGAAAAAACACAUACAGGAGAGAAACCAUAUAAAUGCAUGGAGUGUGGAAAGAGCUUCAGUAGGGGUGGAGCUCUUACUUUACAUCAAAGAAUCCACACAGGGGAGAAACCAUAUGCUUGUAUGGACUGUGGAAAGAGCUUUAGAACAAAUUCUUCCCUUACGGGUCAUCAAAGAACCCACACAGGGGAAAAACCAUAUAAAUGCAUGGAGUGUGGAAAGAGCUUUAGUCAAAGACCGCACCUUAUUAUACAUCAAAGGACCCACACAGGAGAGAAACCUUAUGAAUGCAUGAAGUGUGGAAAGAGCUUCAAGGAGAGCGGUAAACUUAGUCAACAUCAAAAAAUCCACACAGGAGACAAACCAUAUAAAUGCACUGCAUGUGGGAAGAGCUUUAGUCGAAGACCGCACCUUAUUAUACAUCAAAGAACUCACACGGGGGAGAAACCUUACGAAUGCAUGGAAUGUGGAAAGCAUUUCAGUGACAGCACUGGCUUUACUUUACAUCAAAGAACCCACACAGGGGAAAAACCAUAUCAGUGCAUGGAGUGUGGAAAGAGAUUUAGUCAAAGCCCGCACCUUACUCAACAUCAAAAAAUCCACACAGGGGAAAAACCGUAUAAAUGCAUGGAAUGUGGAAUGAGCUUCAGUAGGAGUGACGGCCUUACUUCACAUCAAAGAACACACACAGGAGAGAAACCAUUUAAAUGCAUGGAGUGUGGAAAGAGCUUCGGGAAUAGUGGUAGCCUUUGGGCACAUCAAAGAACUCAUGCAAAGAAAUAA